AUGACUCCACCUUCCCCUUCACCUGUGCCUUCUGCAGUCUCGUCCGCCGCAGCUUCACAACACUCGUAUGAACAUCCGGAUGGAGAUGCUUCGGUAGCACGCGCCCUUACGGGCAUGAGUCUGGUUGCCCAUACAAACGGGGACGCCCUCCCUGCUCCGGCAUUAUCUCCAGCCGGAAAACCGACCAAAGCCACCAUGGCCGCUCGCCUCACGCGCAUGUUCUCCAGCACAGGGAAAAAUACAUCAACCAAAGAAAACACCGAAGUUCCUCGUGACCUAUCCGACAGCAACCUGUUUCUAGACCCCCUUCAAGAGGAGAAUAUUCUCGAACACCAUCACGAAACCCGUCACUCAAAAAGCGAACCCGUGGAAAAACACGACAAGAAGAAGAUGGAUGAUAAAAAGACAAAGGAUGGAGCUUCAAUCCACAAGCGAUUUGAGGUUCUGACGGAACCUCUCGGCAACCACUCACAUAACCUCAGAAGUGCUAGACGGCAAGAGAAACUCACUGAUCUGCUGCGGGACAUGAUGGGUGGCCGGAAAAAGGACGACCAGGUAGAUGAGCAACAGUUGUCGCUGAUGUCGACCUGGAUUGAUCAGUUCAAGACGGAGCGUGAUAAGUUGGCUGCUGAUAAGAAAGGUGGCCCGAAUGCUACCGCUUCUCUCGUUGACAAGUACGGUAAGUGCCAGGAGAUUGUGGGUCGCGGUGCUUUCGGUAUCGUGCGCAUCUCGCACAAGGUCGACCCUCAAGAUUCCAAGUGUGAACAACUGUAUGCUGUCAAGGAGUUCCGCCGCCGGCCUCAAGAAACGACCAAGAAGUAUCAAAAACGAUUGACUUCUGAAUUUUGCAUCUCGUCGUCACUUCGUCAUCCGAACGUUAUUCACACUUUGGACCUCUUGCAAGAUGCAAAGGGAGAUUACUGUGAAGUCAUGGAAUACUGCGCUGGUGGUGAUCUGUACACCCUGGUCCUUGCUGCCGGCAAGUUGGAAGUUGCCGAGGCCGAUUGCUUCUUCAAGCAGUUGAUGCGGGGUGUUGAGUAUAUGCACGAAAUGGGUGUUGCACACCGCGACCUUAAGCCCGAAAAUUUACUUUUGACCACUCAUGGUGCGCUCAAGAUCACCGAUUUUGGUAACGGCGAAUGCUUCCGUAUGGCCUGGGAGAAAGAAGCCCACAUGACCGCCGGACUCUGCGGUUCUGCUCCAUACAUCGCCCCAGAGGAAUACGUCGAGAGGGAAUUUGAUCCCCGGGCAGUUGAUCUCUGGGCUACUGGGGUAAUCUACAUGGCCAUGCGCACUGGACGGCAUCUGUGGCGUGUGGCGCGCAAGGAUGAAGACGAAUUUUACCAGCGGUACCUAGAGGGUCGUAAACAUGAGGAUGGAUACGCUCCCAUCGAGACGUUACAUCGGGCUCGUUGUCGCAAUGUGAUCUACUCCAUCCUUGAUCCCAACCCUUCUCGCCGCAUCAAUGCCUCACAGGUCCUCAAAUCAGAAUGGGUGCGCCAGAUCAAGUUGUGCAAGGCCGGCGAGGAAGGGUUUUGA